UGGUUGCACACGCUGACGCUAACAGCGGAAGCGCUUUAUACGAAGUUUGUGUCACUCUGAUAGAAACCUUUGCUGGGAGGUAGUAUCGUGUUUGCUCUCUACUUCAUUAUACUCUGAUGUAAAGUAUUAGAGCUGUGGUACAGCUUAUAGUUGGAACUAAAAUUAGCAAACUAGCUUCUCAGCAUCCAGGUCCACUCUGCAGCUUUGGCACUAAUAAUGAACAAAGACUCGACAGUGCUUCAGGGAGCUUUCCUCCUGGCUGAUAAGCUGUGUUCCCCCUCAUCUCUGUCCACCAUUCAGAAAGCAGACUGGAGCCGGGUGGGACAUGUGAUCCUGGAAGCACUCAAAGAAAUCUGCAGACAGGAUGAAGUCAGUGACUGUCCCAACCCAGCAGCUGAGAGCUGGAAAAAGAGGAUGGUUUGUGUUGUGUGGCUGAAGCUGCUGUGCAGAGAGGCUGAGGAGAACGUUGAGUUUGCUUGGAGGGAGAACCCUUUCUUCUCUCUCCAAAACAGCCUCCCUGAGGUCAGCCAUGUCGUCCUGCUGGAGCUGGUGAAGUCAGCAGCAGCUGCGGGUGUUUUUGCCAGUUUCCUCCUGCGUCUUCCUCACGCUCAAAUCUGUGCUGAGCUGGAAAGGCUGGUGGAACAUGUGAGGAGCGAUCCCAUAGGGGAAGACGAUGUCCGACUCCUUCUGGAGGUUUGGUGGGAGCUGUGGAAAGGCAGAGUGGAAGAGGAGGUUGGAGAAGAAGAGAGCAUAGAGAAGAUGUUUGCCAGCCAGCUUGCUCGCCUCUCCUCUGAGUCCUCCAGUCUGUCCCCUCAGGCUGCAAAGAGGUUAAAGUUAGACACGCCAAAUUCAGCAGAUAUUCUGCACAUUCUUCUUUACGCACUCAAAGACAUGAAAGGUCACAUAUCCUCACCUGACCUCUGCUUUCAGGCCUUAUCCAUUUCCCUCGAUGCUCUUUACACAACUUUCCUGAUAGACCAAAACGUGGUGCUUCCAGCUAAAGAGAAGUUGGACUGUUUGUGUAAAAUCCUCCGAGCCAGGGAGGAGAACAUGGAGAAGCUGAGUCCUGAAAUGAUUCAGGAAGCUCUGAAAGACUUGCGUGCUUCUCACACACCUUCUCAGUUUAAUCUGCGGCAGAUGAAGCUGAGUGAAGCCCUGAGGAUUAUCACAGAGCUUGCACAGUUUUGGCAAAGCGGUGUUCUCAGUCAGUGUGACCACUCCAGCCCUAGUUACUCUGCUUUCCAGCUAGAACAAAGCAUCCAGAGGGUCCUGGCUUCUCUAGAGGAAGCACCCGGAGCUGGUAGUGAUGACUUUGAAGGAGAGAAUGAUACACUCAGAGGUGUGCUGAAGUCACUGUCCCUCCCUGCCGCAGAGAGCAGCCCUGAAGUGAGCGCAGAGGUUGCUGCUGUCAUCAUCACCCAUCACCUGGAAGACUGUGAGGACUUUGCAGCGUUGUUUGCCAGCGAGCCAUUAUGGGCAGAACGUGCGGAUCGCUGGCUCGACUGCCUGGAAAAAAACCAGGGGGCAUUCCGGCAGCACAGCACCCUCAUGAGCCUCGCCUCCACCCUAAUGAGCAGACUCCAUAGUGAGAGCGCUAAUGUGAGGCAGUGUCACAAACUGCUGAAAAUCACUUCAGGUAUUUUCUCCACACUCACAUUAGAAGACCAGAACAAAGCGUUGGCUGCCAUGCUGAGAUUAUCCAGCAGGGGGUUCUUCGAGUGCUCUGUACCUGCUGCUCUAGCUGAUGGGUUUGAACAGGAGCUCAACAUGGCCUUCAACUGCAUCAUUCAGGGGGCGGGCGGAGCUUCAGUGGGAGCUUCACAGGGCAAUCUGACUACGGCAGCCUCUCUAGUUGCAAGAGUGGCCUUUCAGAACCCCAAAGCCACUUUGAGGUCCUGCUGUCAUUCGGCUGUUUUCAACAAAGGAGCUUUCUCUCUAAUGGCUAAGAUCCUGGAACAGCUGCCAGGACUCAGAGAGCAGAGGGGAAGAAGAGAUGGAGGGAGGAAAAAUGUGGUGUGCAGUUUACUUUGCAAGUGUUUACAGGACAUGAUCCAGACCAAGUCACUGUUAGCAACUGAAAAAGAACAGUUCCUCAAGUUUCUGGGUCUGCUCAUGGAGCCUGUCACUUCAGCUGAGGGAGAAGGAAAGAGGGAAAGCGUUCUGUCACCUCAGGAAGUCGUGAAAACCUUUGUCCUGCCUAACCUCUCAGCUACAGCUCACUGUUCUGUGGAUGCAGAGCUGAGUAUCCAGCUUCUUCAGACUGCUUUGUCUGUGGACGUGCAGGAAGCAGCCACCACUCCUCACUGGGUGUUCGACUGCUCUCCUUUCCCCCUCCUCUACAUGCUGGCCCAGCUACACAACCAGACUCUCAGAUGUUGGGAGCAACCACCAGACCACCACAUCUGGUCCAUGGAUAUGAAGGAGCUGCUGUUGUCAGUGCUGACCACUCUGGGGCAGGUGGUGGGUGCGGAGGUGGCAGCGGCCCCCAGCAGCUGGUCCCGAGCGCUGUUCUGGCUCCACAACAAGAUGGAAGAGCUGGACUGGACGGUUCAGUUCCUGCUGAACCCUGUGUGGGGGGAGCACUUUAAAAAUGAAGUGCCCUCCUCUCUACUGGCUGUGUGUGAUCUACCUGAACAGGAAUGGUUGGGUGUGGACCUUCCCUCGUACGGUUUGGGCACAGGUCUUUUAGCCUGGAUGGAGUGUUGCUCCAUAUCUGACUCUCUGCAGGGCACCAUGCUGUCCUGUCUCACUCUGGACCAGCACAAACCUGACCACGUCAGCAUGUUCAGCAAAGGCCUGCUAGUGGCUCUGACUCAGAUGCUGCCCUGGUGCUCCGUCUCCCAGUGGAGCAGGCUGCUGAGAGGCCUCUGUGAGCUGAUCACAUCCAGCCGCCUUCACGUGCCUUUCUCUCUGGAGUACGUGGACUUUCUGCCCCUACUGGACCUGAGGAAGUUUUCAUGUGAACUCCGCCUGUCAGUCCUCCUGCUUCGAGUCCUGCAGCUGCUCUGCGGCUCCAGCUGCUCUGACUGGCUGUCGGCGAAUGGCUGGGCACACGUAGGCAGGUUAUACGCCCACGCUGUGAGGGACAUGAUGAAUUCACUACGAGCCAAACUGCCUCUUCCUUCAUCUGGUGCUUUUACUGCUUCUGCUUCAACUCCUCCUAAAACGCCAGAAACCACAGACUCAAAUCCAACUCUCAUAUGUCCAAAGUCCGAAGAAGCCAGAGACACUCCUCUGAUAUCAAAGGAUUCACAGAAGGAGACUGCUCCAAGCCAGGAAGUUCUUUUUGUUCUGAGCCAGCUCUUCUGCCAUGUUCAGCACGUCCAGGUGAUGAUGCCAGGAGGCCAAUGUGAGCCUCUGUUCCUCUCUAGUCUGGAGAUCCUCAGUCAGUACGAGGCCAUUAUGGCCGCCUUCCCAAACAGCUGCACCCCACUGGAGUGCGACAACACCCGCCACUUCUUCUCUACCAUCUCAGACAACUUGGAGAACCUGGAGAUGAAGGCUGUGCUGCAGCAGAAAAUUGCUCAGCUCGUGUCCUCAGCAGCAUUAUGCACACACUGAUCUAUCUGCUGUUUCCCACUGAGCACUUUGAGUUUGCAAAAACUCAAUCCUGAAUAUGCCUGCUGAUUAACAACAGUGUAAUGUUAAGGUCAUGUUUAAUAUGAGCACCUCUCUAAGAAUCCGCUAAUGAUGUCAGUGUAUGUACAAGUUAUCCCUGUGAGCCAGAAGCUCAGGCUGGAGACGACUCUAAAUAGUUUUCUUUAUUUUUUUAUUCUUGGCUCUAUGUGAUGUCAUAGAAAAUAUAUUUUUAAUAUAAUGAGACACGGACCUGCUGUAUGUGAGGGCAGGACACAAAACUACUCAUGUAGGGUGCAAGAAUGAAAGCAUGGAGAUGGAAAUAAGGAGGAAAUCUGUCACACUGAACUCAAGUUAAGAAGUAACAAGCUUGAACUCUCUGUGAAUUAAAAACCAAACUUAAAAUCA